AAAAUAAUCAGCCAGUUUAAAUUAGAAAGUAUACGCGAUACUUUAAUUCUGGCAGUGAACGAAGAAUUUGUUCCUUCGAAUACCACGCUAGUACUUUCAGAAAAAGACGAAAUUGCUGUUAUUCCACCGCUUAGCGGAGUGACGAUUCUAGGUUAAAAUGAGCGCGCCAAAAGACAUUGUCAGAUUACAACAAGAAGAACUAAAUAUCAGCGAAAUAAUUGAUUUGGUAACAUCACCUAAUUGUGGAGCUGUAACUAAUUUCAUUGGUAUUACUCGUGAUAAUUUUGAAAACAAACAGGUUUUAAAAUUAGAAUAUGAAGCAUACGAACCAAUGGCAUUGAAAGAAAUGAAUAAUAUUUGUACAAAAAUUCGUUCUCUAUGGAAUGUUCAUCAUAUCGCUAUAUAUCAUCGUCUUGGAGAGGUAGCAGUAUCCAAAGCAAGCGUAGUUAUUGCAAUUUCAUCGCCUCAUAGAGAAGAAUCACUGAAAGCUGUCGAAUAUGCUAUCAAUGCAUUAAAAGCUUCCGUUCCAAUUUGGAAGAAAGAGAUAUAUAACACAGGGACUACUCGAUGGAAAGAAAACGAAGAAUGUGCCUGGUUAAACUCUAGUAGUAUAAGACGUCCACAACAAUCGGAAGAUGCGAUUUCAGCAUCAAAGAAGACUGUUGAAUCUGUAACAAAAAGUAUGAAUAUAUAUGAGAGUAAAGAAGAGAAGGUUGAAGAAUCUGAUGUAAUUGAUCUGAAUCUGGUUCAAAUUCGCGCCACAAAUCAAGAACUACAUAAUAGAAUAGCGUCUUUCAUUGAGAGGAAACGACAACAAGCGAAUAUUGUGAAUGUACAAGAAUUUUGUUGUCACAGAGAACAGAGUGAUAAAAAGGAGGAUUCUUGCGCAAGAGUAGACGCGAUUCUUAUAAGACGAAAAGACUCUAAAAGUCACGUUAAGGUGCACAGAGUACUUAACGCGUGGGGGCCGCAAACAGUGGAUCAACUUACUUUACAUAAAGCUAAUAUGUUAGGAACGAACCAUACAAACAAUAAUUAUUCGUCCGUGUUGGAUGAUAGAAUUUCAAUCAGCGAAAGAAUUCUCGCGAUAAACAAGCCUGUUCCGAAAGACGUAUACGAAAGACUGAAAAACAUUGAAAAUCGAAUAUUGUACUUGGAAGGGAUAUCUCCAGAAUAUAAAGAUUUUUGGAAAGCAGAAGACAUUAGUAGUCUUAAAGGGACCUUCAAACCAGUUAGGAAAAGAACAUAUUCCAUGGCAGAACUUGACACAAAAUUGCAGGAAUUAGAGGAUAAAUAUGCAAAAACAAUGAAGUAACUCGCGCGUAAGGUAAUAAUCAAUUUAUAGAUUGUCGA